AUGAAAUACGAGAAGCAUAUCAAGUUAGAUGAGGCUCUCUACACUUUUAAAAGUGCCAAUCCUUAUUUUGAAAAAAAAACUGAAGAAAUUUUCUGCGAAGACCUGAUGAACCAUUCUGAACAGAUUGAUUGCGCAGUUUCGAAGACUAUGUUCCAGGAGCUUUCUUAUAAUAGUUAUAACUUCCAAGUAUUAGACAAAAGUAAUAUUUUAUUAAUAGGGCCCACCGGAACGGGUAAAACUCUUUUAGCAAAAACGCUUGCCCAGUGUUUGGAUGUUCCUAUAGCGAUCUGCGACUGCACUGUGUUAACCCAAGCCGGCUAUAUAGGAGAAGAUAUUGAAAGUGUGUUAUAUAAACUUUUGAAGGUGGCUGAUUUUAACAUUCAAAGAGCGCAAAUGGGAAUAGUGUUUUUAGAUGAAAUAGACAAAAUUGCUCGAGAGGCAAAAGGUAGAAGUAUGUUUAAGGACGUUAACGGAGAAGGAGUCCAGCAAGGAUUACUAAAAAUGCUUGAGGGGACCAUUGUAAAUGUUCCUGAGAAGGGAGGCAAUAAGAAUCCACGAGGAGAAACUCUUCAGAUCGACACCACAAACAUUUUGUUUAUCGGAAGUGGUGCCUUUCCUGGCCUCGAUAAGAUAAUCAAUGAGCGCUGCUGCAAAAACUCUUUAGGGUUUGGCGCAAAGAUUAGCGAACCUUACGAUGAAAAUUCUACUGAUGGACGGGUCUUGCACCAGUGUGACCCCAUCGAUCUGGUCAAAUUUGGCCUCAUCCCUGAAUUCAUGGGUCGAUUCCCGGUUCACGUGUGCCUAGACGCUUUAACGAAAAGGGAUCUGAUAAUGAUCUUAACCGAGCCAAAAAAUGCUCUACUUGAGCAGUAUCGCGCACUUUUCGAGAUAGACGGCAUCGAGUUGAUAAUAACAGAAGAAGCCCUCGACGUUAUAGCAACUAAAGCGCUGGAAAAAAACAUCGGCGCGCGUGGGCUCCGCACUGUGAUUGAAAGGAUUCUACUUGAGCCAAUGUACGAAACGCCAGGCUCCAACGUAGUGGCUGUACUGGUUGAUAAAAAGGCGGCGUCGGGAGAGACACGACCUCGUUUGUUUCGAAAAGAGGAGCUCUCCAAGGCCAUCCACGUGUAACCACUUUAGUUACUACGGCAGCAGCUCUAACAGAAGAGACAGAGUCUGCUCUACAGGAGAAGCUACAAGAAGAAAAUAAACAGACGAAACUCAU